AUGGCGUCCCCUUCUGGCACUCAGAACACCCCUGUGGUCCGCAACUCUGAGAAGAACGUUGGCAGGGGCAAGAGCAAGGGAGGCAAGAGAUCAUCUGCAGGCAAGAGCCAGUCUAAGUCCGAGCGCGCUGGAUUGGUCUUCCCUGUGGGCAGAACUGCUCGUUUGAUUCGCGAAGGAAACUACGCUCCCCGCGUUGGUGUUGGUGCCCCCAUCUACUUGGCAGCUGUCUUGGAAUAUCUUACCGCUGAGCUUCUUGAAAUCGCUGGCGCUGUUGCCAAGGACUUGAAGAAGAACCGUAUCGUACCACGCCACCUGGCUCUCGCCAUCCGGGGCGACGAAGAGCUGUCUCAACUUCUCGGACACGUUACCAUCGCCGCUGGGGGUGUACCUCCUCAAGUUAACGAGGCUCUCUUGCCCAAGAAGAGUGGCAAGAAGGGCGCAAGCCAGGAAGAAUAA